AGCAAACAGUCGCUGGCGCUCGCGGCUGGGAAGCGCGUCAACUCCAGCUUCUCCAAAGCUUUCACCCCAAGCGUCAUUGCACCGCAUCCACCCACGCCAGGUGAUGCAUCGCCUGUCGCUGCUGCUAUACUGACCGUCGUGGCAAUGGCGCCUGUGUCCGACAGCAAUUACUUUGCCUCCCUAGACGAGUGCCUGUCUGGGGAACGGAUACUUCUGUCGUGGAAACAUGUUGCCACUGCACUCUCAGACGAAUCCGGCAGACGACAGACCAGCGCGGCUGUUGCCGACUUUCUGGCCGACGAAUACGUCCAUUCGCUCUUGAAAGAUCCGUCAGCCGCCUUUGCGCCGCCCAACGAUGCUACCAGGAAGGAAUUCGAGACAAAAACGGCACCAAUAAAUGUCACGUCUGCCUCAGCAAACAAGGCCGACGUCAAGGCAGUCAAGGAGGACGCUGAAUGGUUGAGCAAGAAUGCCAAGGUCAACCUUGUCACUGCACUUCGAAUCGCUGUGCUCGAGUUUCAGUCGCGAGCCUCUCAACACUUAACCGGGCCUCUCUCUACACAAGAUGCAACAAACUUGCAGGAAGCCGCGGGGCUACAGAAUGGGCAGGGCGGUACCUUGCUGGCUGAUCUGGGCGCUGCUCCCGCGCUCGACUCCGACGAGAUAUCUGCCGAGUUCGCCAAGAUCGGCUCCAGACACCGUCGCCUUUUCGACAUACUCUUAACUGAGUGCCGGUCGUUUAUGAUGACGAUGGACUACAUAUACUCGAUCAAACUCUAUGGCCGACUCCCAAUCUCCACAGCGAGAAAACUCGCGAAGCUGGCCACGCUGUAUAAGCUGAAAGAGACCACGCGCGCAAAAGAGGAGGCGACCACGCUAUUGCCAGCGUAUUUGAAGAUUGUCGGCAGCUGCAUGGGAGCAAUUGAGUCUGGCCUGGGAUCGUUGACUGACGAUAAAGCAAUCUUGACUGAGGAAAUCGAACUCGAAUGGUUCCGCAGCCUCCUGACGGAGAUUGUACACUCGCUUUCAGUUAUCUUCCAGAUCGUUGACCACCUCGGCAGCGACUUCCCGCCCUCUGGCUCCAUAAACCAGUGGUUCUCUCUGAUGGACACAUACACUUUCUUCGAUUCGAUCCAACCGAUUCACCCGAGGAUCGCCGAGUUGAUUCCCCCGCUCAAGUCUCUCGCCGUAGCCGUCUCUAUCGGUCUCCUGAAGCCGGCGCGGUCUCUGACUUUUCUCACCGAGCGAGAAGAGGAUCCCACAUUACCCGAGGACUCAUAUGACGCCUACCCGCUCCUCUCGGACGUCUUGGAGCAGGUACACAAGUGCAUCAUCAAUGCGGCAAGCGUGGACUGCGAUGCUGCGACACCAGCCAUCUUCGCAUGGACCUUGCUGCUUCACCGCAUGAAUGUGUCGUAUCAAAAUCGAACCGAGAAGCGUGAUAAUCUGCUGCAACAGAACGCACGGGAGAACUUCGAGUCCGGGGGCGUCAUCCGCCCUACUGGAAGACGGAACUCAGCCGGAAGCAUCUUCUCGAUUGAGUCUUCGAAGUUCGACGGCUUCCUCGAGAACUCUACCGCCUCCAAGGAUCUUCAAGUGGUGGAGCAACUUGCUUCUAGUGUCACUUCCCAUGGCAAGGUUUUCAACAUCAUGUCAAGCAUGGCAUCUGGAUUGGGACCCUCUUUCGAAGGAAGCAUGUCGCCGCUGCUCAGCUCCCGCAUUCGAGCUGUUCUGCUAGAGCUUCUGAAGGUCUCCUAUCCGGUCGUCGGAUAUCAGUCUGAACCCCUCAGCACCUUACUUGCAGUCCUAUCGAUGGGGCGGGACUACUGGGACCUUUCUUCUGACGAAGCUCUUCCCGCAUCGCACGACAUCCUCGCCUCAAUGACUCACGAUGACUACCUGAUGCAGUUUUACUUUCAGCAAGCUCUGGAUCGCUUCCCUUAUGAGUUCACGCCGUUCAUAUCCCUGUGCAAGAGCCUCUGUACAGCGGCAACGCCUGACGAAGAGGAGCACCCAGACUUGAUACUCAGCCUUCUGCGCAAGACCCCAUCCCUGACGUUUGUCUUGCCUGAUGACUUCCAGGCAUACGAGUUGGUGCAAGAAGACGAGAACACCAACUCGUUUUGUCUACUUGAGGACAUUCCGUUGAUUACCCUAUCAUCAUCAUGGAAGAGGAGGUACAUGGAGGACGAUGCUUACAGGAUACCAGCCGGGGCUUAUGGUCGAUUCAUCACAGACACAGGUCGGGUUGUGCUAAUGGAUUUUCCACACUCGACGCUGUCUCUCCUUGGACGGCAGCUUGAAAUCAAUCUCAUGAAGGAAGGCUACCGCUCGGAGCUAAACAUGCUGCAGCCUGAAGAAGUCGUCGAAGUCGUAUCGCUGCUGGCCACUCUGCUGCGUGUGGAGUAUCUGAGGUCUACCAACACGAACGGCAACAUGUCCCUCGUACAAAAGGACAGUGACCUAUUGCACGAGAUGAGCAAGCACAUCAGCGGCGGCAGGGACAUCGUCACCGUCGUCUGUGAGACCAUGGACCAUUUCAUGCAGGACGAAUUGGCGAUGGCUGAAGAGGCCGCUGUCAACGUUCUCACUGCAUGUGUGAAGUUCCUGGAUGCAAUCGUGCCUGUGCAACCCAGCCGCGUUUGGUCUUAUUUGGCCCGAAGCGAGCUGCUCAGCUCAGAUUCACGAGCUGGAAAAAUGGCCAAGAUCACUGGCACCCUCGACCUGGUCUCGGAAAGAUUCAAUUUUCUCACGUCAUGUCUGUUGUUUUUCUCAGGACUCAUCGACACAGCGAUGCACUCCGCUGUUCAGCGCCGGGCCGGAAACAGGUACACGGGACGGCAAAAAGCCGAGUCCAACCCCUGGCUGGGUACGGCCGACAAAGUGCUUUCCAGAGUGAGCGUUUCGAUCGCACACGCCUCGAUCGAUGUCUUUGAAAGCUCGUCAACCUGGCGAUUUGAAUCCGAUGUCAAUCGACUCGCGUUGCUAGAUGCCGUCGUACCCGUUCUGGACAAGUUGGUGCUUUAUAGCUACCAUAUGGGAGAAUCGGCCAGCACAGAGAACCUGACGUCUUGCCUUCGGGCGGCUGCAUCUUAUAUCGUCGACUGUUUCAUGUCUCCAGCAACCGGCACCCUGAGAUUCCAGCCCAUCCUCAGUUCUCUGAUUGCGGGCUUCGUUGCUGGCAACUCGACGCUGUAUCCUAUACGUACCAGGAUUGUCCGGGGACAGCUGAUCUCUACACUCAAGCUGUCCACCACUCUACUUCGGGCAGCCAAUUACACGGAACAGUCGACCACCACGUUCGAGACGUAUCUUUUCAAGAGUUCGACGCUGUUGGCACGGUUAUGUGCCGUCUCGGACCUACUUCGCACCCCUGCCAUCGUCCUGCUGGAGGCCCUCGUGGUCAACGCUGGCAAGUCUGCGUCAGAGCCGCCGUCUCUGCUCGGUUAUCUUGGUCCCGAGUUUUCCAAGUCGUUCCUGCAGCUUCUAUCCGGCCUUGGCAAACCCCUUGCCUUGACGCAUGAUGCUCAAGUGACUUGGCGCUUCUUCUCGUCCAUCCUGAGGAAUCGGCAACAGUGGAUGUCUAACUGCCUUCUCACUGGCCAGACACCUCGGGAAGCUAUGAAGCAAGGAAGCAAGGCGAGUGAGCUUUCUGCUGACUCAGUCUUUGCUGAAGCCUUGGCGAAGCUACGGAGGCUGAAAGACCUUGAUGGAAUUGAGGCCCUCGCAAUCUUAGACUUUGUCGCAUCGGCGCAAAAUUAUUGGCCGUGGACGGUUUUUACGCUUCUAAAAGACACAACCUACGUGGACGGACUCCGGGCUUACGUGCGAAAGCUUGAGCCGUCUCACCUGACCGUCAAGACAGACGCUGUCGGAACCAGCAUUGAUGCUAGAAUAGCGGCAUAUGUCGCGGAGACCCUGGCUAUGCAGCUGUAUCACUCACGGCACCAAAGCAACGCUGACGGACUGGCAAAAGCCCUAGUGACAGACCUUGAUUACUUCCUACGCGAUGGUAUAGAGGUCGCCGGCUACAACAAGUCGCUUCACAGCAAUUUCGCCAAAAACUUCUCCAACAAAUACUUUGGCUGCGCCGUAGCAAACUUCAAGCGCACGGGACUCGAACCUGGAGAGCUGGGCAACAACUACUACUAUGAUUUGGACCGCGCGGACGAUAUGCUAAGGUUUGAUCCUGGCUGGUUGGGCAAAAAGGACAAUGGCUUCAAGAACGAGAUGGAGCUUGCGAACGCAAACCUUUCCCUUGUCGACGCGCAAAUAGCCCUCUUCCACGCCUGGGAGUUCCUGCUUGUAGAGCUCAGCACGUGCUUGCCGACAAACGAGACGGUCGUGCGACAGAUGCUUCAGGUUGCGCAACAAUGUCUAAAUGCGAAUCAGAGCGCGACAGGACCAGAGAGCAUCUUUGUCAAAUUGGUCGCUGCAAGGGCUGACCUGGCUCUCGUCCUGGUGCAGCGACUUGUCAAAUCGUCUAUUGCUGUUAAGGACAUCAACCAACUCCUCGAGACUUUAGUCGCAACGAUACGCGGCGUCGAGGAGCCGCUGGCGCAGGAAUCUGCGGCGUAUUAUCGCACCUUGUUGAAGUGCCUGUUCGUUACCCUACGGGCUUAUUCAUUGACAGAUCAGAAAGCUGCGUCCGACUCGUCAGUGGAGCUGGAGAGCUCGGCAACAGAUGUCACGCAAACCAUUCUCAACAUCCUAGACCACGUCGUCUGCAAAGGGUUCCGGGCUCUGGUCAGUCUCAUUCAUGAAAACGACGCAGAAGUGAUACCAGAAGACCUCGCACUCUUGACGGCCAUAUUGCAGGCCAGCGUGGGCCUUCCCACCAUUGAGCAGUCACAAACUCAAGUCAUGAACAUUGUGGCUUCCCACGACGCCGUCCAUGCGGCAAUAGCACUGUUCUCGUGGGCCGACAAGCUCGCUCAGCAAGGCGAUCCGGUCUAUGGAGAGUUGAGCAUACUUUUCCUCUUGGAGCUGUCGACCCUGCCGCUGGUUGCCGAGCAGCUGGCAUGUGACGGCGUCCUCAGCAGUUUGUUGUCCGCGAACCUAGCCAAGUAUAUGCUCAAGGCCGAAAUCUCCCCCUAUGCCGACGCCCCAGUGGCUCAGCGCUGCUACGCGAUAUGGGCAAAGGGUCUACUGCCGUUCAUGCUCAACUUACUCGCAUCCCUGGGCGCUACCAUCGCACCAGAGGUCGCGUAUGUGCUGAACCAGUUUUCACACCUACUCGAAUCCAGCGUGGAUCGAUUCGAAGCACCAGGUCUGAACCGGACAGCGUCGAGAUCCAGGCCUCAUUAUGUCACGCUGCUAGCAACAUCUGAGAUUCACUCUCUGGCACUGUUGACUCGCAUUCUGGCGGUCUUGCGCAUCAACAACUCGCGCGACAUUCCUGCCGUCGAGUGGGACGCGACGGGCCUGUUGGAGAAUGUCGACUUUUGGCUCUCUGGCAAGCGGCUGCUCAGAGAGCGGCUGCUGCCUCUGGGAGCUCGAGAAGUAGAGUGGAGGAAUAUCAAGGUAUCCGGGGCGGCUGGAGGGCAGCACGACAACGUGCUUGAGCAGAAGGUCGUGUCGCAGCUGGAGACUGUUAGGGAUGUCUUGAGCGAAGCGCUUGAAUCAUGAGCGCCCAGCGUUUCGUUUUUGGAGAUGUAGAGAAGCUCAUCGGAACCGCUGGAUAGAGGGACUCAAACGGAAAUUGGCGUUGGGGAGCAGAGGGAUGCAUAGCACGACCGUGCAGAGACGCAUACGGGAUUCAUCGGUACUUUGCGCUGAUGGUUCGUGCGGUGGGACGCGUGCUACUUACUUAGGAUGCGGAUAUGCCGCUGAACACAAUCAGUUGAAGGCAUCUACUUGACAA